AUGGUGCUCAAGGUUAAUCUCCAAUGUCCUUGCUUCUACAAGAAAGUUAAGAGAAUUAUCUGCAAAUUUCCCCAAAUUAGAGACCAGGUUUACAAGGAGAAGGAAAAUAAAGUGGUAAUCACUGUUGUAUGCUGCAAUCCCGAGAAAAUUCGAGAUAAAUUAUGCUGCAAAGGUGCUAAAGUCAUCAUAAGCAUCGAAAUUGUUGACCCUCUCAAGCCCGAAAAGCCCGAGGAUGCUCGACCAUUGGAGCAACCUACGCCACCGGCUUCCCCGGUGAAAAAUUGCUGUGGGCCGUGCUCGCAAGGAUACGGCGGGGGCCCGUGUUACUUCGGGCAUGGGUCACAGCCGAUGCCGCAGCCAUGCUUUGAUGGUUACUAUGUGUACGGGUGCCAUGAUAGGCCAUGUCUCGUGACAAGAUGUGAUUACUACUUUAUCGAGGAGAAUCCUCAAGCAUGCUCGAUCAUGUGAUGCGUCUACAUUUUCAUUUUAUUAUUAUAACGAGUGAAAGGUAUACAAAUAAGCAUCAUGUACACCGUGAUCCGAUAUUUCACUACUAAUAAAAGUAGCUGAAUAAAUUAUUGGCAUUGGAAUUAUAGUAGGUGGUUGUUAUUGGUCUUUGUCUUGUGAUGGAUUAUAGUACUUUAAUUGAAUUAAAUGUAUUAUGUACCCCA